CCCCCAGUCAGCUGUCCGAGGCUGGCAGUGAUGCUGAACAUCUCCGUCUUUGCACCUCGACGAGCGGCUUUCAGAUUUCUUUGACAGAUUCCAUCCGCGCGUUUUUUGCGGCCAUGAUGGCGUCCAAACACGUCGGCGUCUUCUUUCAUCUCCUGCUCUUCUGGUGGCGAACCUCCGCGUUUCCCGCGCCGACAACAUCCGGCGAGGAUCAAUUCUUGCACGAUGGCCUGCUGACGGGAGAAAGAUUACCUGAAGAUCAGAUUGCUGAGGCGGACAAUGUGAAAGCUGCAGUCCAGUUGGCUGAGAAGAAGCAGGAUGAGGCGGUGGUCCUCGGCCAGAAGGUGAAGCACCAUUUUCUUCCAGAUGACUCCGAUACCACCAAGAGUAGACGUCUGGUGCAGGACUACGAUUCUACCAAGAACGCCAUGGAACAUGAGGAGGCAGAGACGCUGGCUCAGGUGGACACUGCUGCUCUGACCUCGCAGGACAUCGUGCAGAAGAUGGCCGACAAGAUCUACCAGGAGGACGACCGAGGCGUCUUUGACAGGAUCGUGUCAAAGCUGCUCAAACUUGGCUUGAUCACAGAAGGCCAAGCAGACACUUUAGAGUACCAAGUAGCGGAGGCUCUGCAGGAUCUCAUCACCAAAGAUGCCAGGAAGAAGGAGGCUGAAGAAAGCAAGGAGGAGAUCAGAGAGGAGAAGGACAAGCAGGAACAGGAUGAAUGGAACUCCAAGGAGGAGGAGGAGGAGGAGGAGGAGGAGGAGGAGAGUGAAGACAAGGUGUGGGACAAAGAAGACCAGAGUGAAGACAAUGAAGUCCAGCCAGAGGAUGGUCUGCAGGACCUGCACUACUUCCCCAACUUCUACCGCCUGCUCAGGAGUCUCCAUGCAGAUGAAGAUGCUGAGGAGAGAGAGACUCUGAUCACCAUCAUGAAGACGCUGAUAGACUUUGUCAAGAUGAUGGUCAAGUAUGGCACCAUCACACCUGAAGAGGGCGUGGCCUAUCUGGAGAAUCUGGACGCCAUGAUCGCGCUGCAGACUAAGAACAAGUUGGGAAAGUCUCUGGGACUUCAGGACUUUGCAGUUGGAAAAAAUUUGGACGAGGAUGACAACACAAAGGCCGAGGCUUCCAAGAUGCAGAAGGAGUAUGAGAACCUGGAGGACUCCACCAAGGAGGAUCAGCCAUCUACAAGUCAUACCAACAAGUCGCAGACGUACUUGGAGGCCAUCAGGAAGAACAUUGAAUGGCUGAAGAAGCACAACAAGGAAGGAGGCAAAGAAGACUAUGAUUUGUCCAAACUGAAGGACUUCAUGGACCAGCAAGUGGACUCUUACAUUGACAAGGGAAUCAUCGCCAAGGACGAGGGAGACACCAUCAAGAGAAUCUACAGCAGUCUGUGACCUCCUCCUCCAUCCCUAGAACCAUGACAUAAUCCCUAUCCCUAGAACCAUGACCUCCUCCUGCAUCCCUACGACCGUAACAUAAUCCCUGUCCCUAUAUUGUUACCUCAUCCUCCAUCCCUUCUACCGUGACAUAAUCCCUAUCCUUAGAACCGAGACUUCAUCCUCAUCUCUAGGACUGUGACCUCAUCCUCCAUCCCUAGAACGUGACUUCAUCCUACAGCCGUAGAACCGUGACCUCAUCCUCCAUCCCUAGAACCGUGACCUCAUUCUCCAUUCCUUGUACGGUUACCUCAUAAUCCAUCUCUAUAACAGUGAGCUUAUCCUCCAUCCUUAGAACCGUGACCUCAUCCUCCAUCCCUAGAACCGUGACCUCAUUCUCCAUUCCUUGUACGGUUACCUCAUAAUCCAUCUCUAUAACAGUGAGUUUAUCCUCCAUCCUUAGAACCGUGACCUAAUACUCCAUCCCUAGAAUCGUGACUUCAUCCUCCAUCCCUAGAACGUGACUUCAUCCUACAGCCGUAGAACCGUGACCUCAUCCUCCAUCCCUAGAACCGUGAACUCAUUCUCCAUUCCUUGUACGGUUACCUCAUAAUCCAUCUCGAUAAGAGUGAGCUUAUCCUCCAUCCUUAGAACCGUGACCUAAUACUCCAUCCCUAGAAUCGUGACUUCAUCCUCCAUCCCUAGAGCGUGACUUCAUUCUCCAUCCCUAGAUCAGUCACCUCAUCCUCCAUCCCUCAAACCAUGACCUCAUUCUCCAUCCCUAAACCGUGAUUUCAUCCUACAGCCGUAGAACCGUGACCUCAUCCUCCAUCCCUAGAACAUGACCUCAUCCUCCAUCCCUAGAACAUGACCUCAUUCUCCAUCCCUUGUACGGUGACCUCAUAAUCCAUCCCUAGAACCGUGACCUAAUACUCCAUCCCUACAAUCGUGACUUCAUCCUCCAUCCCUAGACCGUGACUUCAUUCUCCAUCCCUAGAACAGUGACCUCAUCCUCCAUCCCUAGAAUCCCCUCUUUCUCUAUCCCUAGAACCUGACCUCAUCCUCUAUUCCUAAAAUCCCCUCCUCCUCUAGCCCUUGAACCAGACGUCUUCCUCCAUCUCUAGAACGUGACCUCAUCCUCCAUCCCUAGAACGUAACCUCCUCCUCUAUCCCUUCAACCCGAACUCAUCCUACAACCCCAGAAGGCAACAUCUUCUCCUCUAUCCCUUCAACCUGACGUCAUCCUCCAUCCCUAGAACGUGACUUCAUCCUACAGCCGUAGAACCGUGACCUCAUUCUCCAUUCCUUGUACGGUUACCUCAUAAUCCAUCUCUAUAACUGUGAGCUUAUCCUCCAUCCUUAGAACCGUGACCUAAUACUCCAUCCCUAGAAUCGUGACUUCAUCCUCCAUCCCUAGACCGUGACUUCAUUCUCCAUCCCUAAACCGUGAUUUCAUCCUACAGCCGUAGAACCGUGACCUCAUCCUCCAUCCCUAGAACAUGACCACAUUCUCCAUCCCUUGUACGGUGACCUCAUAAUCCAUCCCUAGAACCGUUACCUCAUCCUCCAUCCCUAGAACCGUGACCUAAUACUCCAUCCCUACAAUCGUGACUUCAUCCUCCAUCCCUAAACCGUGACUUCAUUCUCCAUCCCUAGAACAGUGACCUCAUCCUCCAUCCCUAGAAUCCCCUCUUUCUUUAUCCCUAGAACCUGACCUCAUCCUCUAUUCCUAAAAUCCCCUCUUCCUCUAGCCCUUGAACCUGACGUCUUCCUCCAUCUCUAGAACGUGACCUCAUCCUCCAUCCCUAGAACGUAACAUCCUCCUCUAUCCCUUCAACCUGACGUCAUCCUCCAUCCCUAAAAUCCCCUCCUCCUCGAGCCCUUGAACCUGACCUCAUCCUCCAUCCCAAGAACGCAACCUCCUCCUUUAGCCGUUGAACCUAACGUCAUCCUUGAUCUCUAGAACGUGACCUCAUCCUCCAUCCCUAGAACGUAACCUCCUCCUCUAUCCCUUCAACCCGAACUCAUCCUACAACCCCAGAAGGCAACCUCUUCUCCUCUAUCCCUUCAACCUGACGUCAUCCUCCAUCCCUAGAACGGUCUUCUCAAGGGUUGAAAAAAGCUCCUAACGAGGCAGUAGAAUGAUUCCAAUCUGCACAAGUUUUAUAUUUUGAAAGACAUCCAUCAAAUUGUAUCAUCCCGUCUUCAAUUUUGUGUCUUUGAAAGUCCUUAUUGUUUCCCCGAAACCUCUUUGUGUUGACACACACGCUAGCGUUCUUAAACCUUGGUUAAGUUGAAGACUUCCAUCUGGCUCCGCAGGGGAUGAGCUUUUUCUAAAUGUAAAUAUGUCUUGGGAACCAUUAAAAGAUCGCAUUUUC